AUGGCCGAAAAUCCAAACGCUGCGGCUGUGGAGCCAGAGGUCUCCUCGAGCACUCAACCAUCCACACCCUCAGACAACGCUGAGCCUGAGCACAAACAUGAGUUCAACGAGCAGACAAACUAUGUGCCCGUCAAAACAAUCAUCACGAUCUUUCUCGCAUGCGCCAGUGUCGACCUGUUGGCCCUGAUUGACCAGACAACCUUGGCGACCAGUUUGUACAUCAUUGGCGACUCGCUGGGUGCCACGGCUCAAGUCUCUUGGAUUGCCAGUGGCUAUUUCAUUACUUCGACGGUGGGUCAAUUGCUGUACGGCAGAUUGUCAGACAUCUGGUCGCGAAAGGUCAUCCUCCUGUCCGGGCUGGCCAUCUUCUUUCUAGGCUCACUGGCCAGUUCGCUGGCCCAGAGUGUCUUGCAAUUGACCAUUUUCCGUGCGUUCACGGGUGUAGGCGGCGGCGGCCUCAUGACGGUUGCGCAGUUGAUCGGCGCUGUUGUUGCACUCGCAAACGGUAUCGGCCCAGUCAUCGGAGGCGCAAUCUCUUCUCAGGGACCAGAGUCAUGGCGAUGGAUCUUCAGGAUAAACAUGCCCCUCACACUAGUGACGACAGGUGCCGUGAUCUUCUUCAUGCCCCUGAAAAAGGUCGACGGCGACUCGAAGAUGAAGCUCAAAGCUGUGGACUUUAUUGGCAUUUUUCUAGCCUUGGCGGGCACCAUCGUUCUCAUGCUUGGUCUGACCUGGGGAGGGGGUGAACACCCCUGGAACUCUGCGUCUGUUAUUGCGACCCUUGUCGUGGGACUGGCCGUCUGUGUUGGGUUCGUCCUGUGGCAGUGGAAGGGUCCAAGAUACCCCCUCGUACCUUUGCGUAUUUUCAAGUCCAAGAUCGUCAACGGCGCAUGCAUCACAAUGGCCAUCAAUGGAUGGAAUUUCGUCAUGCAGGUCUACUACAUCCCCUCCUUCUACCAGCUCGUGUAUGGGUACUCUCCAACGCGAGCUGGCGCCAUGCUUCUACCCAUCACUUUGGUCCAGACACUGAGCAGCACAUUGUCAGGCCUGAUAGUGCACUGGGUCGGUCGCUACAGAGAAUGUAUCUUGUUCGGCUGGGUGUGCUGGGCUGCGGGCUUGGGUCUAAUGUCAACACUCGAUGAAGGAACAGGUGUAGGGAAGCAGAUCGGGUAUGGGAUCCUGAUUGGUGUCGGCGUGGGCAACACCCUGCAGCCAGCGUUGAUAGCUGUGCAGGCUGGGGUUGAACGGAGGGACAUGGCGGUUGUGACUUCGUUUCGCAACUUUGUGCGAAACCUGGGAUCGACUCUUGGCUUGGCCAUCUGCGGGACAAUCAUCAACAAUGUGCUCGCUUCGUCGCUCUCUGCACUCAACAUUUCGCGCGACGAAGUCGAGAUUCUCCUCAGUAAUCCCCAGUCUCAUUUACAAGACUUGCCCGACAACGAGGCUGGUCGGGUUAGAGACAUUAUCACGCCAGCCUAUCGACGUGGUUUUCGCAUCAUCUUCGUCGUGGGAGCUGGGCUGUGCGCGCUGGCCUUUGUCGUGGCAUGGUUCAUGAUGCCUCAGGUCGAGCUUUCUCGUCCAGAUGACGCCAAGUUGAAGGAGGAAGGCAGGCGGGAUCAGAAAACGGCCAAGAAGAGCCAGGCCUGA